AUGUCUUUUAUUCAGAAUUACCACCGACAGGCAAGUGAAACGCAUGAACAGUCAGGAGCAGUAACGGAAGAGCGUGAAAGUGGCGAUCUUUCCGCAGAUCCAAUUCCAGAAAUGUCGAAAUUGGAUCAGUAUGAAAUGAUACAAAAGUUGGGACAAGGGACGUUUGGGGUUGUACAGAAAGCUCGAAACAAACGCACGGGGGAAAUAGUGGCAAUAAAACAACUUUUGAAUCAUCUGGCGAAAGAGGGUUUCCCUAUUACAGCCAUGAGGGAAAUAACUAUCUUGAAACAGCUCGAUCAUCAUAACAUUUUGAAUAUCGUGGACAUAAUAUUUGGAGAGCCAGAGGUGACGAAUCCAGCCGACGUUGUCACGCAACGUGGAUCGUUCUACACAGUUGCCCCUUAUAUGACUAGCGAUUUGGUUGGAAUUUUGGAGAACCCCGAAGUGAGUUUAGCGCUUAGUGAGAUAAAGUGUAUCAUGAUGCAACUACUACAAGGGUUACAAUACAUACAUGAACAAAACUAUUUACACAGAGACAUAAAAGCUGCCAAUAUAUUGAUAGAUAGCAAGGGAAUUUUGAAAAUCGCAGAUUUUGGGUUGGCUAGAUUUUACCAUGGGGAUGUUCCGAGAUUGGGUAUGGGCCCGGGUGGUGGAGAGAAAGAUUACACUGCACUAGUUGUCACUCGAUGGUACCGCCCACCAGAACUUUUGUUAGGAGAGAGAAAGUACACCACUGCUGUUGAUCUCUGGGGUGUUGGAUGCGUGUUUGCUGAACUAUUCACACGUAAACCUAUACUUGUUGGCAAAAGCGACGUCCACCAAGCUCAGUUAAUCUUUGAGCUCAUUGGGUCACCAGAAAACUGGGAACAGGCAGCAAAAUUGCCAAAUAAGUCGCAUUUCAAUGUUGGCUUGGGCUGCAAGCGGAGUCUAGAGAGAAGAUUCGAAUCGAUGAUGCCUCAUUCGGCUGUACAGCUAUUGAGUGGAUUACUAACUCUUGACCCUUACAAAAGAGUGAACUCUUUAGAUGCCUUAAACCACGAGUUCUUUAAAUGCGACCCAUUACCAUCGCGCCCAGAGGAAAUGCCCCAAUUUGGGGAAUGCCACGAAAUCGAUAAGGAGAGGUUUAAGAAGCUAAAAGAAAGCAAUCACAUGGUGCUGAAACAAGAGCCUAAGGUGCAUCUCAAAGAUACUCGAUUUGAUCGUGAUGAAUACAUACCGGCGAAUGCAAGAGUAGCCCAACGUGGUGGUUACGAUGAUUACGGAGAAACUUACGCACGUCGUACUCAUUCAAGACAAGCCCAUGAAAGCAAUGAAUAUCCUGUUGAUGAGAAAAGGCACAUUCAAAGACGUUAUCCAGUCAGGAGCUACAAUGAUGAUCGAGAUUCCAGAACUCAAGAUGCUUGGAGGAAAGACGAGUACGAUGUUUAUGACUACGAAAACGAGAGACCACAUCACAAAAGCUUGGACUACAGGAUAUCUAGAGGUUUCGAAAACCAACAGGUGUACUCAUAUGUACCGCGACUGGAAUUGAACGAUGCACAGCAUUCCAAAUGGAAUUCCCCGCGACCUUUGAGUAGAGGAGAGAACCGGCUGUACGGGCAUUCCGUGAACCAAAAUAACAUUGGAGGAGUGAAUUAUUCAGAAAGUAGAUCAAUGUCAAGACUCCAUGGCGCACCUAGAGACGCGUUGCUUAAAGAAAGGAGUCGCGAACCGGAAAGAGAUUCUUUUACGCAAGAGAAUUGGAAAAGUAUUGAAGUUGAUAAACUCAAGGGUGAUUUGAAGAUGGGUGAUAUUGAUGCAACAGUGGACUCGAGCCUUCAAGUUUCCUCGGAUGUUUCCAUGGCGAUUGGUUUUAAAAAAAAUGGUUCAGAUGACGGUGUGAAGGAGAAAGAAGGUGAAAAGGGAAAUGAGAAAGAUGUUGAGGAGAAAGAAAUUGAUAAGGACAAGGAGAAAGAUGCUGAAAAGAAGGAAAUUGAUAAGGACAAAGGAGUUUACAAGGAGAAAGAGGUUGAGAAGGAGCAAGUUGUGGACGAUGUUCCCGCUCUGCGUGAGUCAUGGAGUAGAUGCGACCACAUUUCUCACGAAAGGGGAAGGAUAAGCGAGACGAUUGAAACAAGAACCUCACCACAAAAAUUUGUUGACUAUGGCAACACAAAAUGUCAAAGAGACUUUGUCAGUAGUUGCAGUAGUACUGCAGACAGAGAACCGUCUAAUGACAGACGCCAAGAUGACGCCACAAAUGUAUCAGGGAAGGUUGCAGAGAAUACUACUCGGGACAUGAAUAUAAAGGAGACAGCGGGUGACCAACUUCAAGGGAAAUCUGCGAUCAAGGAUCUUUGCGUCCAAGAGAGCAAGCCGGUCAGCGAGAAAAAUCCAAGCUCAGAUAACGUUUUCGAGGAAAGCGAAACGAAUGCAGACAAAACAUUUAUAAACAAGGCGACAAAGGAUCAAAAAACGCAGGAACUGCAUGGCUCCAGUUUCGAGCCUCAAAUAUUGGAGACUACGAAGGAAAAGGUGGGAAGUGCAGUUGAUUUGAAUAAGAACCCUCGUAGGGAAGAUUUCAACAUCAAGAGCCAAACCCGAGUGUUGCCUUAUGUACAUGGCGGUUUAAGUGAGAGAGUAACGAGCUUUAGAAGUAGUUCGAACCCUCCAGCAUCACCUUUUUUGAAGGAUUUGAAAACCAAUAAAGGAAUUACAAACGCUAGCAAUUUAAAUGCGGAGAAAAUAGAUACACCAGAACUUGUGGUCGCAAGCCCCUCCAAAGGCGUUGAACCAGGAAAAACAAAACUUUUUGCAACAACCACUUCGGAAGCAAGUCGAAGUAGUCGCCUUGGUGGUUCUAGAGAGCCCAUCAAGACGGACUUGUUCGGUAAAACGAAGACAAACUCAUUGCCCAUUAACCCACCUAGGUUGUCGGUUGCAAGGAACAGUGCAAGGGCUGCAAAUGGAAAUCUGACCAAGAGAGGAUUAGUGAGCAAUGUCCUACGAGCUGUCUUGAGGGAAACCUUGGAGUCUGCCAUCAUUAUAUCUGUCCUCUUGUCAUUUGUGCAUCAAACAUUUUACAACGACGAUGGAAAGAGAUCGAAUAGCCAUCAAGGUCAGUAUCAGGCCAUACCGCUGGACUCAUCUUUGCUGUCGGAAGAAGUACAACACUUUGAAGCAAAAUCAGUGGACAAGAAAUUGGGUCGCGCGCUAAAGUUGCAAAUCUGGCUCGGUGGAUUGUUAGGACUAGCUGUCUGUUUGUGUAUUGGUGGCUGUAUCCUAGUAGUGUUUUACAAACUAGGCAGCGAUUUGUGGUCCAUUGCAGAACACUAUUGGGAAGGUACAUUUUCUAUCCUUGCCAGCGUCAUCAUCUCCGUUAUGGGUAUUCAAAUCCUUCGGGUUAACAAAAUGCAGGAAAAAUGGAAGGUCAAGUUGGGAAGACUUUUGCAGCUGUCAGUACAUUUCAAUCAGCUGAUUGUUCCCUCUCCCAGGAAUCCCGAGACCAGUUGGCUUGUUCAGCUAGAGUUGUUGACCGAGAAGUACAACAUGGUGAUUUUGCCGUUCGUUACAACAUUAAGGGAAGGACUUGAGGCGAUUGUAUUCAUUGGUGGGAUUGGAGUCAACAAAGACACUUCCAUAUGGGCCAUCAUAAAUGCUGCUGUGAUUGCACUUGCAGUCGGUACCUGUGUUGGUUGCGUAUUGUACAAAUCCGGUAACUCUCUAUCCUUACAAUGGUUUCUCAUAUCUUCCACAUGCUUUUUAUACUUGGUUGCAGCCGGAUUGUUUUCGAAAGGUGUGUGGAGUUUUGAGCUUCAGCAAUUUAUCAAUCAAUGCGGUGGAAUGGAUGUCAGUGAAACCGGGCAUGGACCAGGCUCUUACGAUAUCACGAAAAGCGUGUGGCACGUUAACUGUUGUAAUGGCGAGAUGCAAGAGGAUGGGGCUUUUUGGAUGCUUUUGACGGCGAUAAUUGGUUGGACCAACUCGGCCACUCCCAUUACUGUGGCAACGCAAUCGCAUAAGGAAGAGGAGGCUGUUGCAUACAUUGCUAAACAACCCACAGGUAUAUGGUCGUGA